GGGCGGUGUUUGCCGCGCGUAACGCUGAAAGGUAGCGAAAUCUGUCGGCCGAAAGCGCCAACUAACCGGCAAAGCCGACUAUUAUAUGAUUAUUCUUCAUUAUAGUCCCUACGCUCGUAGGAAGUAGAUGGUUGUAUUCGAACGGCCAAUUUUCGACGUAAAAAAACAACAAUUUCGUGUAAUUUGGUUUCGGUUUAAUCCUCAAAUAGUUUUUACUCAAUUACAGUGUGAAUUACACGUAUUAGCGCAGUCGAAUGCUGCAAAUUGCUCUCGGUCGCUCGAUUAACGUCAUUAACUCUUUAAACUAAUUUUAUUGCACUUCGAUUUCGAUCAUCGGUCUUUAGUUUUAAAUACUUUUAAUCAAGUGAUAGUGUUUGUAAACUUUGUGUUGUGCUUCUGACUUUUGACUUGCGGGAUACCAACAGUUAGUGACUUAGUGCUUGAUGCUUUAACCUCCUUUAAACUCAAAACGUCUCCGAACUUCGUCAAGGUGGACAACAAACCUUUCACGACGUUGAACUUCACGGAUUUGGGUUCCCCUUUUGGGGGGCCCAACGAAGACCCCCCCGGUACUCCGACCAUGUCGGGCGAGGGGCAUAUCGGCCCCCCAACCCCCCAUGAGUCCAACAACUCCACCCCCGUGUCCAAAAGCGCCUUCAUCGAGCUCCAGCAACACGGUUACGGUCCGCUCAGGACCUCGUAUCAGCACCAUUUCAAUAGUCCGGCGGAAAACGCACAUUCCGGGCCAGGGGGCCACGACGGCGGUUUUCCGUCCCCCAGGGGGGCCCUGGGUGCCUACCCUUUCCCGCCGAUGCACCAAAACUCCUACACCGGAUACCACUUGGGAUCUUACGCCUCCAAUUGUCCACCUUCCCCAAAAGACGACGACAAAUGCUUAUCGUUAGAGAGGCCAUCAGGCGGCGGGAAAGGGAAGAAAAUGAGGAAACCUAGAACAAUUUACUCCAGCCUGCAGUUGCAACAAUUGAACAGGAGGUUUCAAAGGACACAGUAUCUAGCUCUGCCUGAAAGGGCGGAACUUGCAGCUAGCUUAGGAUUAACUCAGACACAGGUUAAAAUUUGGUUCCAAAACAGGAGAAGUAAAUACAAGAAAAUGAUGAAGGCUGCGCAGGUCACAGGUGGCACAAACAAUAACGGAACCCCAGGAGGCCAUGGAGGCCUUUUGGGCGCCAACUCUAACCUACCCUCGUCAAGUCCUGGACCCCAAAGCCAAAAUAUGAUGCAAGGUAGGAUUAAAUUGGAAGGAGGCGGCUCGUCUAGCGGUUCGCCCGCCACCGGCUACAUGCAGCACUCGUCACCCGCCCCCAGUUCCACCCCCGGCUCGGACAUGUCCGGACAACCGGCCGCCUCCCCAGGUUGGGGAGACAUCAAGCCCCAACAACCGAUCCAUCCGCCGCCCCACCCGGCCCCCCACCCCCACCCGCCACACAACUACCUCCCCCAGUACUCGUGGUACCCGACGGACAACCCCGGACUGUUAACGGUGUGGCCCGCAGUUUAAUAUUAAACAACGUGAUUAGUUACUAAUUAAAUUGUAUAAAACUUUAAUUAACAAAGGAAAACCUGUGAAAAGUGAGUGAAUGUAUUGUGUGUAAUGUAUAUUACAUGUUGUGUAAAUUAUUUCCGAUUGCAUUCCAUUGAUUGUACAUAGAUCUCGAUUCAUUUGACGGUCCCAAUUUUAUUACAUCAGCGAAGUACACAGAAACUUUGUUUUUGCAUUAUUAUUUUUUUUUAAUCCGGCACUGUUUCCUAGAAUUUAUUUGGUUUGUGUGUACUUCAAUGAAAUUUUUAUUGAUGAUUUGGUGCAAUAUAUUUUUUAAAGUCAAUCUCGCUACAAUAAUGAGUUAAACGGUUAUAAAUAUAAAAGUUCGUCGUCUCAUCUAUGAUAGAAGUCUUUUUUGAAUUAAACAAUUUUGCUGAUAAUAUUGUUAGGUAUUAUUUAUUUAUUAAACAGGGUAUUAAGUGUAACUUUAACUUAUUGUUUUACCGACCAUUGAUUCUAAAAAAUAUUUAAUCGUAUUUAGUUUAGCGACGUACUAACAGUUAUUGUUAAUGUUUUGUGCGGUAUAUUCCGAAGCCAUGUAUAAAUAAAUUAAACUUUUCAAUACUUACUAUCUAAGUCAGGUGAAGUUCGUUUUUAUGCCGCCUAUAUUUAUUUUCUUGCGUUAGUACGUUUUUGUUAAAUAAAAUGGCUUUUUGACAAGUAUCAUAUUUGUCGAUAACCCAUUGUUGUAAAAUAGAUAGCGCGUGAUUGGUUAUUGGAAACAAACAAAGAAGUGUUGAGUCCCCAAAAAUUUUUUGGGGGUGUUUAUAGUGAUUCCUGUAUAUUAUUACCUAUUUUAAAAUAAUAGUUGUUGAUUGUAUGAUGGUGAAUGCAAGACAGAAACUGUACCUUAUUAUUAUGUAAAGUAGUUAUAAUAAUUGAAAAAAAACUGUCUUAAAUUUUAGAAAGGAAAUUAUAAUUAUUAUAUGAAAAUAUUUCUAAAUGUGUAUAAAAGAAGUAUAUAUAA